CUUAAACAGGAUGUUCAUGGCCUCCAACAUGGCUCAUUCCAAACUUUUCUAGAACGAGGAGUAAGACAAAAUGGCCCAGUAUAAAAAUAUUUCAUCGCAAAUGUUUCCAACAAGAAUGUUACAACCAGGUAUUGUAUUUAGGGUUCAUUUUUUUCCCCAUAGGCCAGGUUUGGAGGUGUCUAUCCCCUUUAGUAAAUGAAACUGUCAGUCAAAAUCAGCAUUUUGUAAUUGCUCAGGUUAUUUUGUCUGAUCCUUAAGUUGUUUUGCUCAUCUGAAACAAUUAAGUAUAAAAUUACAGACAGAAGAAAUCAGGAAAGGGAGGUGAAUCCUGUUUUACAGCAACUCUUGUCCAUAUGCUGACUGGUGUGGAAUAGUUAACAUAAUGGCAGCAUGAAACCGUGGUGAUAUUUCAGUAUCCUGAGUAAUAUUUUCAAAUCUCGGAAACUCUCCUGCAGUGACCACCUGUACGUUUUUAUGAAAGAGUGUUCUCAUUUCCAAGAACACGAGCCUAGUUUUAAUAUCAAUGAAGCAUCUGAGAGAUGCCUUUGAAAGGAAAAUAGGUUUAGAAAAACUGUCAUAAGCUUGCACCCCCCCUCCCCACAUUUUGGAGUGAAAAGGGACAUUUCUCAGAAAACCACACUGACACCUUUGUGCAGGUUUGACACAAUGCAUAGGAAACAACUCAACCCAGACUUCACCUUAUCAGAAAUAAGCAGAGCUGCAGAAUCUGUCACAAAACGUGAGCAAGGCAAGUUGACAGGAUGACAAUGUGACUGAGGAGCCUGAUACCAACACGCCAACACACAAACUGAAGAGGAGAGAGAAACAAUGUGCAGCAUGAACGAGUCGGACAGUACCACUGAGCUUUACUACGACUAUUUCACCUGUGACCAGGAAACCAGUUCCCCCUUUGGAGAUGAACCUAUAGUCCGCCUGGUUAUUUACUACGCACUCUUUUUUCUGGGUCUCUUGGGCAACUGGAUGGUUCUCUGGGUUCUGCUCCGCUACACAAGGCUAAAAUCAAUGACAGACGUGUUUCUCCUCAACCUUGUUGUGUCUGACAUUUUGCUGGCUGUUUCCCUUCCCGCCUGGGCCUACAGUUCUGAGAACCUUGCUGCAUGUAAACUGAUCACUGGACUCUACCAGUUGGGUUUCUACAGCGGCACCUUGUUUGUCACCCUGAUGAGCGUGGACCGCUACCUGGCCAUCGUCCACGCUGUGGCGGCCAUGCGAACACGGACUCUUCGCUUAGGGAUCAUGGCCAGCGUCAUCGUCUGGCUCAUAUCAGUCAUCAUGGCGACGCCUCAAGUGGUGUUUGCCUCCUUGGAGAAAGAAGCAGAAGAAAACCUGACCAUCCAGUGCCAACCUAGAUACCCAGAAGAGACCCUGGAUGCCUGGAAAAAGCAGCGAAACUUCAGCGAGAACACAGUGGGCCUCUUUGUUUGUCUUCCCAUCAUGAUGUUCUGCUACGCAAAGAUCCUUUUUGUGCUCUCCAAAUCCAGAAACUCCAAAAAAGGAAAAGCAAUGAAGCUGAUUUUCACUGUGGUGUGUGUUUUUGUGAUUUGCUGGGUCCCCUACAACGUCGUAGUCUUCCUUCAGACGCUGGAGCUGCUGGAAAUCCUGAAUGGCUGCGAGCUUUUCAUGGCCCUCAACUCAGCCAUGGGCAUAGCUGAGAUUAUUGCUCUGUGUCACUGCUGUGUAAACCCAGUCAUCUACGCUUUCAUGGGGGAAAAGUUUAGAAAAACGUUGAGCAACGUGUUGGUGAAGUUCUUACCCUGGAUUCAUCACAGCAGAGUUCCUUUCAGCAGCCAGACAGAAAAUGAGACCUCCAACACACCUGUGAGAUCGGAUUUUUAAAAUGAGGUUUUCCGUGUGGUGGAAACAGCAUGAGCAGGGCUUUCUCUGUUCAGAUUGUUCCUGUGUCAGUGUGGUGGGGAAGGUGGUGAAGGAGAAGGGGGAGGUGUAGAAAAUGUGGUUUAUUUCUGCAAAACAUGAAGGUUCACUCACAGUAUUUUCAUUGUUGUAUGAAAAAUAAAAUAAUUCAUUCUAAAAGUACAUAUAAUGAUGUGUGUAUUUUAAAGAUUUAUUCUGAACAACUUGUAAAUUUGUAUAGGCUUUUGUGAAGAUGGAUAAAAUAAAAUAUGAUCUUUCUUCCACCUUGGUUUAACAAGUGAGACAUUUUGUUUUCAUUGAUCUUUGAUUUUUUUUAAUAUUUUGCAUGUGCAUGAUAGUUUUUGUUUAUAAUUAUUUGUACUCCUCAAAAUAAAAGCUGUUUAAAGCAAAUUAUUAUAUAUUUUAAAACCCGGUUGGUUGAUUAAGAAAGUUAAAUGCACAUUAACUGAGUUACAAUUGACCAGAAGGAUUAUUCUGCUGAAGGAAUUAGCAAAAAUUGUUUUUAUUUUCAUGUUUUAGAGAAAUUGUUUAAAACAAGGUACACCAAAGUAGCAAUUUCAGACAAAUUACAAAAUCCAUACCAGAUGCACUUUAAUGUUUUCGUAUUUUUUUCAUUCAAUUUUGCAUUCCUUGAUUUUAU